AUGCAUGCAAACGUCAGUCUGAAGAUGGAGAAAUCAAUCAGUGUAUUGAUCAUUCGGAUUAUGACUACAGGUAAACAAUACCUAAACAUUUGAACAAUCAUCUUUUAUUAUCUAUUUUUCCUCUGCAGGAAUGGUAUCUGGAGAUAGUGUGACUCCUGACAAGGAGGAGUGCACCCCCACUGAGGGAUCAUCAGUAUCUCUGUACAUAUGAAACAAGCAGCAGUAACAUCUACCUUUACUGGUACCAACAACACCCUAACCAGGCACCUCAGUACCUACUGUAUAAAGGAUAUAAAGGUGCCAGAGCAAAUAGUGUUGACCAUAUCUCUAAUCAUCUCUAUGAAUCUACAACAUCCCAAACGUCAACUACUCUCAUGAUUAAACAAGUAACACAGACACAGCUCUCUACAGCUGUGCCCUGAAGGACGGCCAGUGAUACAGAGUCUCUGAGAGGCUGUACAAAAAGUAGUACACUGAUAAAUAAUUUGAUUUAGAUGAGCUUGUUAGUCAUUUCCUAACCACAGUUCAUUAUCAGGCAGCAGAGAGUCUGUAGAUUAGAUUAUUGUGGUUAUACCUGUUGUUAGAGUAAGUAAAAACACAUUUAGCAUAAUAGGGGAAACUUGUAUUAUAUACAAAUUAGAGAAUAUUAUCAAAAUGGAAACCAAAUAAUUUGAAAAUGCAUUUUUCUUCCUGUUAUUCAUACACUUCAGAAGAUCCUCUGAAAAUGAGAAGUGUUGUGUUUAUAGGAGGAGCUAGUAUGAGAAUGAAACGGAGAGACUCAAAAUAGCAUGAAGGUCUUUCCUCAGUUCAUUGUAAGCUUCUCUCUCUAACAUUAACCAUGCUGUGCUUGUUCAACCUGUUCUUUUUAACAUUUGUGGGUAAGUAGAAUGCAUUUAACAGUAAUGAUAAUGUGUAAUUUCUUCAUUACAAGCAUGGAAAAACAACACACAAGCUAUGAACGGACAAAGAUAACUUUUAUCUGUAGUUUUCUGCAGUUGAUAGUUGUGGGGAUGGAAUUUUCUCCAACAGUCUUGAGGAGGAUGUGAUACAUGGUGGCAGUGUCAAGGUUUCAUGCAACUAUACAGUGUCUGGUGGAGGCAGUGUCUUAUGGUAUCACCAAUAUCCCACAUCUGCUCCCCAAUUUCUCCUCCUCAUCUCAGUGUAUUCUGCAUCUGCUGAGACAAUAGUUACUGCAGAACCACCAUAUCCUCGACUGUCAGUUAACAUUGACAAAGUGGCUAAACGAGUGGAUCUGAAGAUCUACUCUACUGACGGGACAGACUCUGCUCUGUACUACUAUGCUCUGAGGCCCACAGUGACAGGAAACCCAGAAACACUACAAAUACCUUCCUGUAAUAAAGUCCUACUAGUAAACACCAUAUAAUAGGCAAGCAUCUGCAUACAAAUGAUCAGAGAUCAUGUUCAUGAUUAUCCAUCAAUUAAGUCAUAUUUGUUAUUCACAGAUUAUAAUGUUGAUAUAAUGUGGGUCCAUUUACUGAAUAGGAGGAGCUAAGAUGAGAGGUGGAGAGAUGAUUCUCCUCUAACUGACUGGAACAGUGGGAUGUCUUAAGUUCUGCUUCCUGAUAACACACUGUUACACCCAUCACCAUGUUUCUCUACACAUUGUUUCUCCUCUCUGCACUUGUUGGUGAGUAUUAGUCUUACAUAACAUACUUUUAGUUUAUUCAAGGUAACUGUCAAAGUGUCAUUUGAAAAUAGCACUUCCUAGAAUAAAUGUAAAUGACUGAUUAUCUUUCCACUUGUAUUGAAUAUGACACAGGGUAUGUAAUAAUUUCUCAUGAACUGAAAAUGUUGAUCUAAACUUAACUUUAUUACAGGUGGCAGUUAUGAAAAUGUUGUUAUUCUGUCUCUCACUGUUCAAAUAAACCUACCAUUAAAAUUAUAGACUGAUCAUGUCUUUGUCACUGGGCAAACGUACAAAAUCAGCAGGGGAUCAAAUACUUUUUUCCCUCACUGUAACUUGUCUGUGUAUAGUCGUAUAUAAGACACCUGCUGGGACGGCCCCGGCAGAGCUCCUGGUCGACAUGUGUACAUAUGGUGCAUUGAGUUGGUUGGAACCUCUCCAGCGUGGUGACAAUAAACAAUGAUUCAUUUAAGAUUGACUUUGAGUGUCUCAGCUGGUAGAGCACGGCGCUUGUAACGCUAAGGUAGUGGGUUCGAUCCCCGGGACUACACAAAAAAAAAAAAAAAUGUAUGCACGCAUGACUGUAAGUCGCUUUGGAUAAAAGCGUCUGCUAAAUGGCAUAUUAUUAUUAUUAUUAUAAUUUCCAGGACAUGGUGAAGAUUUUCCAGGACAUAACAAUCUGUCUUUUGUAAUCAUACCAAACAUAACAUACCAUACUUAUUUGACUGUGCCAGAUUUACAUUUACUAUGUUAUGUCUAUUCUAUGAGACCAGGCUGUGUAUAAAGCGGCCAUAUCACAGAGCAGUAGCGAACAUACAGUUGAAGUUGGAAGUUUACAUACACUUAGGUUGGAGUCAUUAAAACUCGUUUUUCAACCACUCCACAAAUGUAUUUUUAACAAACUAUAGUUUUGGCAAGUCGGUUAGGACAUCUACUUUGUGCAUGGCACAAGUAAUUUUUCCAACAAUUGUUUGCAGACAGAUUAUUUCACAUAUAAUUCACUGUAUCACAAUUCCAGUGGGUCAGAAGUUUACAUACACUAAUUUAACUGUGCCUUUAAACAGCUUGGAAAUUCCAGAAAAUGAUGUCAUGGCUUUAGAAACUUCUGAUAGGCUAAUUUACAUAAUAUGAGUCAAUUGGAGGUGUACCUGUGGAUGUUUUUCAAGGCCUACCUUCAAACUCAAUGCCUCUUUGCUAAACAUCAUGGGAAAAUCAAAAGAAAUCAGCCAAGACCUCAGAAAGAAAUGUGUAGACCUCCACAAGUCUGGUUCAUCCUUGGGAGCAAUUUCCAAAUGCCUGAAGGUACCACGUUCAUCUGUACAAACAAUAGUAUGCAAGUAUAAACACCAUGGGACAACGCAGCCGUCAUACCGCCCUGGAACGAGAUGCGUUCUGUCUCCUAGAGAUGAACGUACUUUGGUGCGAAAAGUGCAAAUCAAUCCCAGAACAACAGCAAAGGACUUUGUGACGAUGCUGGAAGAAACAGGUACAAAAGUAUCUAUAUCCACAGUAAAACGAGUCCUAUAUCGACAUAACCUGAAAGGCCGCUCAGCAAGGAAGAAGCCACUGCUCCAAAACUGCCAUAAAAAAGCCAGACUACGGUUUGCAACUGCACAUGGGGACAAAGAUCGUACUUUUUGAAGAAAUGUCCUCUGGUCUGAUGAAACAAAAAUAGAACUGUUUGGCCAGAAUGACCAUCGUUAUGUUUGGAGGAAAAAGGUGGUUGCUUGCAAGCCAAAGAACACCAUCCCAACCGUGAAGCACAGGGGUGGCAGCAUCAUGCUGUAGGGGUGCUUUGCUGCAGGAGGGACUGGUGCACUUCACAAAAUAGAUGGCAUCAUGAGGAAGGAAAUGUAUGUGGAUAUAUUGAAACAACAUCUCAAGACAUCGUCAGGAAGUUAAAGCUUGGUUGCAAAUGGGUCUUCCAGAUUGACAAUGACCCCAAGCAUACUUCCAAAUUUGUGGCAAAAUGGCUUAAGGACAACAAAGUCAAGGUAUUGAAGUGGCCAUCACAAAGUCCUGACCUCAAUCCUAUAGAAAAUGUGUGGGCAGAAUUGAAAAAGUGUGUGCGAGCAAGGAGGCCUACAAACCUGAUUCAGUUACACCAGCUCUGUCAUUAGGAAUGGGCCAAAAUUCACCCAACUUAUUGUGGGAAGCUUGUGGAAGGCUACCCGACACGUUUGACCCAAGUUAAACAAUUUAAAGGCAAUGCUACCAAAUAUUAAUUGAGUGUAUGUAAACUUCUGACCCACUGGGAAUGUGAUGAAAAAAAUAAAAGCUGAAAUAAAUCAUUCUCUCUAGUAUUAUUCUGACAUUUCACAUUCUUAAAAUAAAGUGGUGAUCCCAACUGACCUAAGACAGGGAAUCUUUAACUAGGAUUAAAUGUCAGGAAUUGUGAAAAACUGAGUUUAAAUGUAUUUGGCUAAGGUGUAUGUAAACUUCCGACCUCAACUGUAUCCCUGAUAAGAAAUAUACAUCCGCAAUGUCCCGGACAUCGACUGAACUGAUCAUAUUUCACCUAAUCCUGACAGACUCAUCACUUUACUACUGUGUUCUCAGGGAUUGUUAUAACCAGUAUUGUUAUACCCUGUGAUACAUAUAAGACCCUGUACAAAAACAAAAUGCUUUGAUGCUGUGUGGAUCAUAAUUAAACAUCAAACCACAAUUUGAUGUCAUAAUGGCAGAGGUUGAGAUCAGAGAAUUGUGGUCACACCUGUGCUGUGUUCAAUCACCAGGUGUCAAGUUUUUCUCUGUCUUCAUAGUCAAUGAACUGUGAGAAAGAUGUAUUCUUCACUCUUCAAUCAGUGGUCUUCAAUUUCAAUUACCAUAGGCAGUUUUUUAAAAUUGGCUGCAUAAUCACUAGGGAAUUUGACAAAGUGCAAAAAUAUUAUAAUUUGUAGUUACUCCUCCUCACAAUUCACACUGCCUGGUGGUGUAGUAUGACAGUCAACCUGAAGGGGGAAACCUAACAAAGCGCCCUGAAUCUGAGGAUGUCAGACAGACAGACACCUCCCCAUGGUCUACUACUGCAUGUAAUACAGAACAACAUGAAGCAUCAACAGUAGGACUGAGGGUGUCAAAGCUCUGUGAUAGAUAGAUCAGCAUUGUUCUGCUCCUUACCUUUUACACUUCAAACUGACUGACUAGUCAUGAGAAACUGGCUGAUCCUGCAUGGUCUGGCUGCAUGCUGCUUUGGUAUAACAUCACUCUGUUCAUCUGUCUCUUUCUGUGCAUUUGUUCAUUUUAUUUAUAUACAUUAUUAUUAUAUGUUGUGAAGAUAUAUUUAUCUUUAUUUUCAGGGUGCAGAGCAGAAGAGAGUGUCACACAGCCAACAGAUUAUGUAAUAGCCGUAGAAAGACAACCAACAAAACUCAGUUGUACAUUUGCUACAACUGAUCAAUUGCCAUAUCUCUUUUGGUACAAACAACAAGCAAAUGGCAAGCCCAUGUUUAUGCUGAGAAAGGAUACAGUUGGAGUCGGGGAAACUGCUGCUGAAUUCAAGGAGAGAUUUCAUGCCCGUCUGAAUGUCACAGCAAAAUCAGUCCCCUUGAUGAUCCAGAGGGUGCAGAUGUCUGACUCUGCUGUGUACUACUGUGCUCUGAAGCCCACUGUGACAACAGGAGAAACAGCUCCCUUUCAAAAACUAUAGGUUUCACAUGUGUCCAUAGAAACAUACAGUACCAAUGAAAAGUUGGGACCAAAGCACAAUAUGUAUUUCAAUAUACUUUAUGUACAGUAGUAGACCUGAAUUAGAUACUCUGUAGGCUGCAUAAGUGUCUGUACAUUAAUUACAAUACGUUUAUCAUACUCACUUCAUGGAACAUUUAUGUAAUAGACAAUUGCUUUAGGCUACUUUUCAUUUCAUGUGAACUAGACGUAAGCUUUUCACUUUGGCUAAUGUACUGCAAAGAGUGCUUAUAUCUAAUAUUGACGAGGUAAUAUUGACCCAUACAUUUCUUUACAAUCUUUCCUCUCUCUGAACAGGCUCCUCCUUCAUGUCUGUCACUUGAUGGUGAUAUACAGGCUGAGAUGGACAUGGAAGAGAGAGAGAGGAUCUCUACCUCUUACUGUAACUCACAGUCACCCUCUGUGUGUUCUGCAUAACCAUGGUACUCUGUCUGAUCAUCUGGCUGGUUCUUGCUGUAUUCUGCUUCAGUAUGAUGGAACUUUUUCUCUAAUUGGUUUAUAUAAUCGUCAUCUAUCUAAUUUUCAUUUUUUAAAUCUUUCAUUAUCACUCACUUGAUCUUUUGUUGUCUUCCAGAGUGCUCAGGAGACCAUGUUCAACAGCAAUCAGGAGGUGUGAUUGCUACAGAAGGAGGACUGGUAACACUGAGUUGUCAAUAUAACACCACUGAUACUAAUGCAUAUUUAUAUUGGUACAAACAAGAAGCAAAUGAUGUCCCUAAACAUAUGCUGAGCUGUUAUUCUUUUGGAUCUGGAGACAACGCUGCAGGGUUCAAGGAGAGGUUUGAUGCAAGUCUAAAUGCCAAGACACAAUCAGUCCCCUUGACGAUCCAGAGGGUGCAGCUGUCUGACUCUGCUGUGUACUACUGUGCUCUGAAGCCCACUGUGACAACAGGAUAUACAGCCCCCUUACAAAAACACGGUGUGUGCAUGUGGGUGUGUGUCACGUAUUUUUUGUUGUGUGCCAUUUUGUAAGUAAAGGGGAGGUGUUACAUAAUUGAGGCAGAGGAAAGGAAAUGACAGUGAGAAAACAGGGGUCAUUCUGUCAUAACUAUACUUGUGUUCACUCUUUUCACUGUGUUAAAUAGCACUUACCAGAAUGAUACUGGGAUCAAUUUUUAUAUUUGCACAAGUGAGUUUUAUGCUAUUCUUCAUAUCCAAUCACUUUGAAUGUACUUACUGAAGACUGGAGUCAUAUUCCUGUGAAGGAUCCUUUGUCCAUUUUUAAUACACUUAACUGAAUAAUGAGUAGAACUGUAUGAUAAUUUCCUGAUAAUAAUUCCUGUUUUCAUAAAUGUUUUCCAGGUGGCAGUCAUGGGAAUGACAUUACUCCAACAACAGAUAAGGUGUUUGGGUUGGAGGGUGUUGUCAUAAAGCUGUCCUGUAACUACUCCUCUGCUAGUAAUCUCCAGUGGUAUCGACAGGACCCUGGAUCAUUGUAACGUAUAUGUCAGAAAGCAGGUGCAGAAGGUGAGUUUUAAUACUGAACAGCUACAAAAUAACAAACAUGGGACGCAUACUGAACAUGAGAGAAAAACCAAUAACACCUAAGGACUGAUGACAACAGAGGGUUAAAUGAAGGGGAAGUAAUGAGGGAAGUGAUGAAGUCCAGGUGUGCCUAAUGAUGGGGUGCAGGUGUGAGUAAUGAAGGUUGCCAGGUGUGCCUAAUGAUGGGGUGUAGGUGUGAGUAAUGAAGGUUGCCAGGUGUGCCUAAUGAUGGGGUGCAGGUGUGAGUAAUGAAGGUUGCCAGGUGUACCUAAUGAUGGGGUGCAGGUGUGAGUAAUGAAGGUUGCCAGGUGUGCCUAAUGAUGGGGUGCAGGUGUGAGUAAUGAAGGUUGCCAGGUGUGCCUAAUGAUGGGUGGCCAGGACCAAUGGUUAGUAGACUGGCAACGUCGAGCACCGGAGAGGGGGAGCGGGAGUAGACGUGACAGUCAUCUCCCAUCUUCCUGCUCCUCACUGGAGUGUCUUCAAACGCCUCUGUAGUGAAAGCUAAACCUGAAGACCCUCGACUGUCUGUUAAACUGAACGAUGAGAGAACCUGUGUGGAUCUGGAGAUCUCCUCUGCUGAAGUGGCAGACUCUGCUCUGUACUACUAUGCCCUGGAGCCCCAGUGACAGGAAACCCAGACACACUAUACAAAAAUCUGAAAUGAAAACACUGAACCUCCCCUAAGAGAAAAAUGUUCAUUAUUAGGUUAUCUUCAAUAGACAAAACAUAUACAUGUAGGCUGGAAAUGAACAGUGAAUUAUUUUCAAUAAACAAUAAUAUAAUGUUGAAACAAAUGAAAAAGUGAUAGAAAUUCAUUUGGUUAUCUGAAUAUGUUGCAUAUUUAUACUGUAGAUUCUAGAUAUUAAUAGGAAAACAAAAUAAACUGUAAAAUAAUGAAUUGCCUCAUGUUGAAUAGAUACAUUUUCUUACAGAUAUGCCCUUCAAGCAAUGUUUUCCCCUAUGACAUCACAGUAGACAGAUCAGGUCCUUUUGUCAACUCUGUUGCCCUAAAAUCAAGAAAAUAAAUGAUAAAUAACAUAGUUUUAUACAAUAUCCAAUAGCGGGAGACUAAGGUAAUCAUAUUUCAAUGCAGCCCUGCAUUGUGAGGAUGUGACAGUUGCAUCAAGCAGCAGCAAGAAGUCUGCUGUUACUUCUGCUCAUCUGACAACUCUCUGUAUUUUGGGGUGGGGCUUCAAAGGUUUGAGAAGAGAUGGUCCAAUCAAACUAGAAGUAGGAGGAUGUUUUGUUAGUAUACACAAAUCUUGCUGUGAUGUGUGUUAUCAUUUUAACUUCCAGUUUCAGCCACAAUGUCAAUCCUCACAUUUAUUUAGCUUUUAGUACUUGCAUGUAAGUAAUCUACUAUAAUCAGUACAUUUUUAUUGGUGUUAUUUAGAAUCAAAAGUGUUGAUGAGUUGAAAAUAGAUCUAUAACAGAGUAACAAUAGAAGAAUAUCUGGCAGGUGACAGUAAUGGUCAGACCAUUGAGCCAACCAGAGAGGAGGUGUAUGUUCCAGCAGGUAGCAAUAUUACACUUUCAUGCACCUACUCAUCUGCAGUCUCUCUUCAAUGGUAUCUCCAGGACCCUGGAUCAGCUCCUCAGUAUAUCCUGCUUAUCCUGCAUGGUGUUGGGUUUCCAUCACGGGCUCCAGAUCUGGAUCCUCGACUGUCAGUCAAACUAAAUGAUGAGAAGAACCGUGUGGAUCUGGAGAUCUCCUCUGAUAAAGUGCAAGACUCUGCUAUGUACUACUGUGUACUGAUGCCCACAGUGAAAGGAAACCUACAAACG